AUGCAUGCAGAUACAGAGACUGAUGAAGUGUAUGCACAGAUGACCUUGCAACCUCUAAAUCCUGAUGAGCAAAAAGAGGCAUAUCAUCCUGCAGAGUUGGGAACUGCAAAUAAACAGCCAACAAACUAUUUCUGCAAAAUUUUGACUGCCAGUGAUACAAGCACUCAUGGGGGUUUCUCUGUUCCUCGCCGCGCAGCUGAAAAAGUUUUCCCUCCAUUGGACUUUUCCCAACAGCCUCCUGCUCAAGAGUUAAUUGCCAGGGAUUUGCAUGAUAAUGACUGGAAAUUCAAACAUAUCUUCCGCGGCCAGCCCAAAAGGCAUUUGCUUACAACUGGGUGGAGUGUCUUUGUGAGUGCUAAAAGACUUGUUGCUGGUGAUUCAGUGCUGUUUAUAUGGAAUGAAAAAAACCAGUUGCUUCUAGGCAUUCGGCGUGCCAAUCGCCCACAACAUAUGAUGCCUUCAUCAGUGUUGUCAAGUGACAGCAUGCACUUGGGGCUGCUUGCUGCUGCAGCUCACGCCGCUGCAACGAACAGUCGUUUCACCAUUUUCUAUAACCCACGGUAUAAUUCAUAUCAUAUAUUUCUUGAUGAUUACUUCAAUGCAAGAAUUUCUGACUUUGGACUAGCCAAGUUGAUGAACAUGAAUCAAAGCAAAACCAACACUGGCAUUAGGGGAACAAAAGGGUAUGUUGCACUUGAAUGGUUUAAGAACAUGCCUAUCACAGCUCAAGUGGAUGUGUAUAGUUAUGGAGUAGUGCUACUUGAGAUUAUUUCAUGUAGAAGAUGUGUUCAAGAAAUGGAACAAGAAGAUGAAGAGAAAGCAAUAUUAACUGACUGGGCUUAUGAUUGCUACAAGGAUGGUGCUGUAGAUGCAUUGGUUGAGGGUGACAAUGAGGCAUUGGAUGACAAAGAAAAGUUGGAGAAAUUGGUAAUGAUUGCAAUUUGGUGUGUUCAAGAGGAUCCAGUUCUUAGACCAAGCAUGAGAAAUGUGAUACAUAUGCUUGAAGGUACUGUUGAAGUGCAAGUUCCACCAUACCCCUCACAAAUUAGUAUUCAAUAUUCUCUAAUUUAA